GCCGCGUAGUCAGCUGAUCUUGGAGUUGCGUUGCGUGCCGGCCGGUCGGGGUUCUCCGGUCCCGCCGCCCCCGCAGCAGCCAUGUCGUUCUUCCCGGAGCUCUACUUCAACGUAGACAAUGGUUACUUGGAGGGACUGGUGCGUGGUCUGAAGGCCGGGGUGCUCAGCCAGGCGGACUACCUCAACCUGGUGCAGUGCGAGACGCUCGAGGACUUAAAGCUGCACCUUCAGAGCACUGACUAUGGCAACUUCCUAGCCAAUGAGGCAUCACCUCUGACAGUGUCAGUCAUCGAUGACCGGCUCAAGGAGAAGAUGGUGGUGGAAUUCCGCCACAUGAGGAACCACGCAUAUGAGCCACUUGCCAGCUUCCUGGACUUCAUUACUUACAGCUACAUGAUCGACAACGUGAUCCUGCUCAUCACAGGCACGCUGCACCAGCGCUCCAUCGCCGAGCUUGUGCCCAAGUGCCACCCACUAGGCAGCUUCGAGCAGAUGGAGGCCGUGAACAUUGCACAGACACCUGCUGAGCUUUACAAUGCCAUUCUGGUGGACACGCCCCUGGCGGCUUUUUUCCAGGACUGCAUCUCAGAGCAGGACCUCGAUGAGAUGAACAUCGAGAUCAUCCGCAACACACUCUACAAGGCCUACCUGGAGUCCUUCUACAAGUUCUGCACUCUGCUGGGAGGGACCACAGCUGAUGCCAUGUGCCCAAUCCUGGAGUUUGAAGCAGACCGUCGUGCCUUCAUCAUCACCAUCAACUCCUUCGGCACAGAACUGUCCAAGGAGGACCGAGCUAAGCUCUUUCCACACUGCGGACGUCUCUACCCUGAGGGCCUGGCUCAGCUGGCUCGGGCCGAUGACUAUGAGCAGGUCAAGAACGUGGCUGAUUACUACCCGGAGUACAAAUUGCUCUUUGAGGGUGCAGGGAGCAACCCUGGAGACAAGACCCUGGAGGACCGAUUCUUCGAGCAUGAGGUGAAGCUGAACAAGUUGGCCUUCCUGAACCAGUUCCACUUUGGCGUCUUCUAUGCCUUUGUGAAGCUCAAGGAGCAGGAGUGUCGCAACAUUGUAUGGAUUGCCGAGUGUAUCGCCCAGCGCCACCGCGCCAAAAUCGACAAUUACAUCCCCAUCUUCUAGCGUCCUGGCCCAUGGCUCACCUGCCUGCCCCAGGGGGUAGCACAUUGUCCUAGCGGCUGCCCAGCUUCCCUAACCCUCUCUGAGACUGCUCUUAGGCCUGAAAAAGGGCUGGGUACCUGCUCCCCCCAUCAAGAAUGGACCAAGACCCCGUCCAGAGCCAGGACGCCCCCUCUGCCCUAUGUUUACAGCCGCUGACGUGUCUGAGAAGCAUGUGGUCACUUUCAUGUCCCUCCCUAACCUGAGAACCCCUGAGGCAGUGUGAGCCUCCUUUUCCCUCUGUGGAUCACCCCCAGAGAAAUGGCCUAUGGAAGGAAUAGAGUGUGUGUGUCCUUGGGGCAUGAGGGAAGUAUCUCUGCAGCCCCCUCCUGCAGCUCUCCCACUCUAAGACAGUAAAACUGCCCUGUCUAA